AUGGCCGCCUGGCGUCACGCCUUCUCCAUCACGAAAGAAGAGCUGCGAGACAGAAAGCCACCAGGCACGAUCCGGCUGUUUGUCUACGACGACGACAUCAUCCGUCUCGUUCCCUCGCCUUCGACAAGUUCAGCGGAUCCGCUGAACUGGCCACGGAGUCGUCGCUAUGCGAUCCUGUUCACCAUGUGUUUCUAUGCUCUAGCGGUGGACUUUGCCGCAGGAGCGGUCGCUCCAGCGCUCUCGAUCAUGGAGUAUCAGUUCAUGCCACAUCAAGACAUCAGCACGCUGUCUCAAUUGGUUGCCGUCUCAACGCUCCUCCUAGGCACAUCCAACAUAUUCUGGGUUCCUCUUGGAAACAUCUUCGGCCGCAGACCAAUUCUCAUCAUCUCCCUGAUCUUACUUCUCUUGACGACUGUCUGGUGCGGUCUUGCCGAAGGUUUCCCUUCCCUCCUCGCAGCACGAGCCUUGCAAGGAGCUUCGAGUGGCCCGGUCUAUACCUUUGCACCAGAGAUCACAGGCGAUGUCUUCUUUCACCACGAGCGAGGAAGAGCAAUGAUCGCAUACACCAUGUGUCUUGCUGCGGGACCAUACAUUGCAGGUGUGUCCGGCGGUUAUAUCGCUGCUCGGCUGGGCUAUCGCUGGCUAUUCUGGAUCUCCGCUGUCCUUGUGGGAUUUACAUUGAUCUUGGAAGUGCUGAUUGUCCCGGAGACAUUAUUUGAUCGAGAGGCUGAAUUGCUUCGAGAAGGACGAGGAGACAUGGUCGACGUUCAGCAUGGUUUCCCGACCACUUCUACCAAAGAAGCCAUCCACACAAAGGAAGACACCGCCGGCAGUGAGCGAGUACCCACCCAACAACGUCCAUGGACCUACAUCCAAAGCCUCAAGUGCGGCAUCUACAAAGGCGAUAUCAUCCGUCACUUCCUCGCUCCCUGGAAGUCCCUCGUCUUCCCAGGCACAUGGGUCGUAAUGCUCCUCUACGGCGGCCUAGUAGCAGCCAUCGUCUCCACUUCCACGAUCGGUCCCAUCUUCCUCUCCCAGCCACCAUACCUCUGGGGCCCCAACGUCGGCCUGAUCAAUCUCGGCGGCGUACUGGGCGUCGUCGUCGGCGGAGCUAUCACUUUCGUUGCUGCUGACUGGCUCGUGACGAAGCGGGCGAAAGACGAUGACAACGGACUCUCGGAGCCGGAGAGUCGACUCCCGGCUCUGUUUCCCGGUGUCUUCCUGGCGACGACGGGACUGUGGACGUUUGGAUUUUGUGCUGCGAAUCCGAGUGAGAAUGCUUGGGCGGGUUUGGCGGUGGGGAUUGGGAUGAUUUCUGCGGCUACCGCGACGGUGCCUUCGAUUGGGUUUAAUUAUAUCAUCGACUCCUACCAUCCCCUGCACGGCAAUUGCUUCGUUAUGACUACCAUCGUUCGGUCAGUCAUCGCCUUUGCUUGGACGUACUUCAUCUCCGACUGGGUCAUUGCAGAUGGUCCUGCGUUGCCGUUUGGGAUCUUUGGGAUGAUAAUGGCAAUCUUUGGGCUGCUGGCAGUGCCACUUUGGGCGUUUGGAAAGCGGAUGAGGAUUGCUACAACGAGCUUUUUGCCGCCAGUGAAGGACUGA